UUUUCGAUCUAAUUCUUUUUUUCUCCUCACUGUUAGUUUCCUCUCACUGUGGAUGUGGUGUGUAAUUCACGGCCUCGAUGACAUCUUCGGCAUGAAGUGUGAUGUGUGCAAAACAAUUUAAAUACGGCUGUUUGAAUGAAAUUAAAUUAGUGAUGAAAAUCAGUUCUUUAAAGGAAACAAUUUACAUUCAUAAUUCAUUAACUAUAAUGUGUGUAAACAUUGUUAAUGGUGUAAGAUAACACGUGUUCGUCUGUCAUCACAUUUGGAUUUAUUAAAAGAAAUGACUAUAUAAGUCAAUUAAAUUACUUAUUAAUUUGUUAUCGAUAUUACAAGUUAAAAGUCCCUAUUUCUGAAAAGUGCCAUUCAUAAUGUUAUCAUUUAAUAGUUAUUAGAACUAUUUAGCUUGUGACUAAGAAAGUUGUUAUUUCUAUACUUUAAAAAUUACAUUUUAAUCAAACUCUCAAAAUGGGUCGUUAUUCUGGAAAACAAUGUCGACUUUUAAGCAUGUUUGUGCUUACUGGUGGCUAUUUCUUGGUUGAAAUAUCUGUUGGAUAUGUUACAAAUUCUAUGGCAUUAGUGGCUGAUUCAUUUCAUAUGCUGUCAGAUGUUAUUGCUCUCAUUAUAGCUUUUAUUUCUGUUAAGAUGUCACCAAAAAAGUGGUCAAAAAGUACAUUUGGAUGGGCUCGUGCAGAAGUACUUGGUGCCUUAGUCAAUGCUGUUUUUCUUGUUGCCCUCUGUUUCUCAAUCUUUGUGGAAGCUCUUAAGAGAUUUUACAAGCCUGAAGAAAUUCACAAUCCAGUAUUGAUACUAUAUGUUGGCACUAUUGGGUUGCUUGUAAAUAUUAUUGGAUUAUUUUUGUUCCAUGGACAUGGUCACAGUCAUGGGGGUCACGUUCAUGACAAACGAAAACUACCAACGUUAGAAGAUGUUCUAUCAGAAGGUGAUAUUAAUGACAAUAAAGGAAAUUUCCAACUUCCAGUUCCUUGUGCUCCGCAGGCUGUUGCAAAAGCUGUUAAGGAACCAAAGAAAGAAUCUUCCGCAAGUCAGAUGAAUAUGCAUGGGGUGUUUCUCCAUAUACUAGCUGAUGCAUUAGGUUCUGUGAUUGUAAUUAUCAGUGCAUUGUUAGUUUGGCUUACUGAAUGGCAGUACAUAAACUAUAUUGAUCCCGCUUUAAGUGUAAUCAUGGUUUGUCUCAUUGUUUACUCAACUUGGCCUUUGUUGAAAGAUUCAGCUAUGAUUCUUCUCCAAACUGUGCCAACACAUAUACAAGUAGAUUAUCUUCAAAAUAAAUUGCUUCAUGAGAUUGAUGGUGUCUUAGCUGUUCAUGAAUUUCAUGUUUGGCAAUUGGCUGGUGAAAGAAUAAUAGCUUCAGCACACAUAUGUUGUCGAAACUUAGUGGAUUAUAUGGCGAUUGCUGAAAAAGUAAAGGAAUUUUUUCAUAAUGAAGGAAUUCACUCCACUACAAUUCAGCCAGAAUUUAUAUCUAUGAGUGAUAGUAAAACAGAUAACUGUGUUCUUGACUGCCCAGUGUCCACAAACUGCACUCCUCAAACAUGCUGUGGCUCCAUGAAAGAUGGUAAAAAUGACUCAAAACAUCUUAAUAUAAUGCCUUCGAAAAAUGUUAGUGUUGAUGAUAUGAACAGCUUGAAAGGAAUCUAUAGAAGUUAUGACAGCUCUAGGAACAGUAUUGAAAAAUUGUAGCUGAGUCUUAACUGGCAGAUUUAUUUUCAGGAAACAAUUGGAAGUAUAAACUAGACUUUUGCACCUUUUUUCCUCUACACUUCAUUACAGAUUCAUAUUUUGCACAAAAGAUUUUGGCUUCUUUAUGAACUUCUUGAAAAUAUGCAUACAGGAAUAUCUUACGUGUGAAAUAUUGUAUAUCUAUUUUAUGAGGCGUCGAAUGGAGGAUGGACUAAUUUUCAAAAUUUGAAAUCUUGGAAGCAAAGGACAAUAGAGGAAUAAAACAAAUGGUAUAUCUAUUGGGAAAAUUGUAAAACUUUUAUUCAGGAAUUUUGGAAUUUGGUUUCAAAAGAGUGCACUGCACUCUAUUUAGUUCUUGAAAACAAUACUAAUGCCGUAGAACUGUAAUAUACCUGAAACAAACGUUGUUUAAUAGGACCCAUGAUUUAAACCUCCUGAUCCUGUAUGACAACUCUUAUGCAUAUUAUGAGGCUAGAACUGAUCCCUCUGAUCAACUAUGGCUUGCAGCGCUAUCUGCAGCAAUUUUUGUAACUAAAUUCUAUUUCUGUAUGACUUUUUACAGCUUUCACAAUAAUCAUUGUUUGUUUUAUUCCUCUAUCGCCCUUUGUUCUUAAGAUUUUUAAUUUUGAAAUCUGUCAGUCUUUUGUUGGACAUCCUGCAUAAAGAAUGUGGAUGCUUUCAAGCUUUGUUUUUAAGUGAUUGAAUGGAAUUUUUACCUCUCUAUUAUGGUCAUGAGUCACUAUUUAUUAUGUUGUCUCAAUUGUCUAUUACUCAAUGUAUUUCUAUAUUUUUAAUAGCUUCGCCUGUCUAUGUUUUUAGUGUUUGACGAAAUAUUGAUUCAUGAUCAUGUUUAAAUCUUGAUCCAGGAUUAAUGAAUUUUAAUGACUUUGUCCUUUUUAAGAAAUAUGUUUUUAAUAUACUACUUAGUUUUGAAAACAACAUGCAAAACGAACAAAUAAUCCAAUCUUAUUUUCAAUUGGGUACUAUAAUGAAGCACAUUCUUCAAUGGAAAUGUGAACACGGCAGGUACAAUACAUUUUGUGCUUUGACACUGAAGGGUCUUCUGUAUAGUACUUAAAUGAUUAUGUGUCUGAUUAUGUUACAUUAUUUGUGUUUUGCUUUUUUAAAAAACGUUAUUUAUUUAGAACUCAAAGUAAACUUUGCUUUAUUUAGAUGUUUUUUAAUAUUUUUGCUUUUAAAAGUUAUAUGUGAAAAUAUGUUAUUACAUGUUAACAAAAGCUAAUAAUUUAAAACGUUUUAUCUUGGUGUGUAAGCAGGCGCUGACCUUAAAGAGGCACUAUAGGCAUUAUUUUAUUGGAUUAUGGUUUUUAGAGCUCACUUUAUUUUUACUAUAACAUGGACGAAAAAUCUUAAAUUUUGAGGAUUGCUGUAAAGAUUUCAGUUGAAAUAAAUUCUGCACUAUGUGCAGCCCUUACCGAGAGCAGCUUUAGAUUUAAGGUAGGUAAAGCAUAGACACUUUUUUUAAAAACAUAAAGUAGUUAAAGAUUUGGUUAAUUGCAGUUUAGUUUUUUUUAAAAAUAAUACUGACUAUUUCAUUCACGCUUUUUUUUCUAUUAAAAGAAGCUCUAGAUUAAUAACAAAAAAAGCUUAGACAACCUUUUUUUGUAACAUGAAGGACAAGUAGUCAGUUUGAAGCUCUUUUAGAAAUGCAGAAUAUUUUAUCCUAAGACAAACUUCUUUUCUUACUACAGGCAGCCCUAUAUUUAAGGCAUAAAAAGCCUAGACAAGCUUUUUUUAAAACAUAUAAAGGAAGAAGUUUGUCAAUUGUAGCUUUUUCAACGAUACGGAAUAUUUUAUUCUAAGACAUGCUUUUUUUUGUACUAAAGGCAACUCUAGGUUUAAGACAUAAAAACCUAAGCAACCUUUUUUAAAAAAUGAAGAAUGAUAAGUCGGUUAAUUGUAGCAUUCUUAACAAUAGUGGAUACUUUAACCCAAGACAUGUUCUUUUCUAAUUUUUUUUAAUUAGUUAGUUAUCAAUUUUCUACUAAAAGCAGAUUUGGGUUAAAGUGUUUAAAAGAGAUUAAAAAAGGCCUUUUUAAAACAUAAAGUGAGAGAAGUUAGUUAAUUGUAGCUUUCUUAACAAAACUAAUUGUUUUACCCCAAAACUUGUUUUUUCCUUAUUAAAAGAAACUUUAGAUUUGAAGUAGCAAUGGCCUAGACAUUUUUUUAAUGCCUUCCAGUUACCUCAGCUGAGUUUAGAUUUGAUUGGAUCUUAGAUUUACUAUAUAACAAAGCUGCUACUAUUAUGCCUGUGUAAUCUCAAGCAAUCUGAUCUUUAGAAAAAGAGCUUUUUUUACAACACAUUUGAAAACUGCCACUUUCUUAGCAUUAUAAUAGUAGCUAAAUCUAAGUAAAACUUGUUAACAUGUUCAAAGUAAUUUAAAACCUAAAUAGCUGUUUAUAUUUAAAUUCCUUUUAAUAAGUCUUACAUGUAAUUCAAUUAUUUUAUCAAACAGACAUAUCUUUUAAGUCAAAAAGUGUUUAAAAAGAAAUUAAAAUAAUAAUAUAUAUACAAAUAUUAGCAUGCAAAAGUCUCUGGUAAGUAUAUUAUAAAUUUUCUAGCUUUUGGCUGCUUAAAUGAGUGAAAAAGAAUUAUUUCAAUUAUGCAUAUAGAGGACCUGCACUAAGGACUUCAGAUUAUUAGCCAAAUAUCAAAAGUCAUAUGGCAACGAAUAUAAUCUUAAUUUUAAGGUAGUUUGUCUCAUACUUACAUAAUCUCUUUUGUUGCUUAAUGCUUACAUUAUCUGGACUUAAUAUAAUUCUAAUCGGUUAUGUGACAUAUCUAGCGGAAAUUACUGUAAUCUAAUAAAAAAAAUACAGGAUUUGUACAGAAAAAUUCUUUUUAACGUUUUUUUUCAGGAUCAAGAGGGAAAAAAAAAUCUUUUUCGUCGAAAAUAUCAUUGGCCAAUAUUUUCGUUGUAUUUGCGAUUUUAUCACAUUUGGUGAGGUGGCGAAAUGCUAAAACGCGAGCUCUGCAUAUAUUUGCAUACAUAUAUAAAUACUUAGUUUCAAAAAACAUUUCAUUUUAUGAUAAAAUCUCCUGAAAUUUAAUGAAAAAGUUCAUCAGAUAGUGAAUUUAACUUCACUUAAUUGUUUUAUUCAAAAUAUAAGAAGUUCCAAUUAUCUGCCUACACUAGGUGUUCCUCACUUUUAUAUUCAUUUAAAUGUCUACUUAAAUAUACCUGUUUUUGUAAGUGCCAAAGGUUUAAUGUGUAAUUUUCAAUACGAUGAAUAAAAUCUUAACCAUAUUACUUUUAAUAUAAAACUUUUGUGUUAUAUAUUUUUACACAAUGUCAUUUUAUAAGAUUUCAUUACUCAAAACUGUAAUAAAUGUUUGUGCUUUUCAUAUUUUUUCUAAAAAGAUUUUUUAUGAAAUCAUGUUAAAGAGCUACUUAUUAAAUUAUUAGAUUUUUUUUAAAACCUUUAUCAAAUAUUUAAAUUAAAUAGUAUUUUUACUCAAUCAUUUGAUGGUGAUUUCAUAGAAUUUAUAAUGAAAUUCAUACAUUUUGUAAAUCUUUAUAGUAUGUAUGUAUUAUUUUAAUGUUUGAUAACUAAGUUGUUAUGCUGUUGUACUAUUUUUCAGAUAUUUUAUUUAGCAUAUUUUUGUUUUAUUUCUUAUUAAAUUUUAUAUUAAUUUGAAAAUUUAUUUAAAAUUAGAUUUAUCUUUAAAAAAAUUUGGUGACUUGCUCACUAAACUCUUAUCUACCAUCAUUUUUAAAUGUUUUCAUAGUGUUAAUGUAUAUUAUUAACUAAAAGCAUGUUACUAUAUUAUAUUCUUAAUGUUUCAUUAACUCUUUUCAGGUAAUUAAGCAUGAUAAAUAUAUUGUUUAUUUUUUCAACAUCAUUAAUUUCAUUCAAGACAAUUUUUUUCCACUGAUGAUUUUGUUUGUGUAUUGCUGGUUGGUUUAUUUGAUUAUCUGUAACUUAUAAAAUAUGAAUAAAGUAGUUGAUAUUUUUUUCUAAAUCAUAACUAUCUAAAAGAGACCAUUUAAGUAAAGUUAUAAAAUUUCACUGAGAAUUUGAUAGCUUUUCUUGAAUUACUCAAAAUAUUCAGGUAGAAUUUCAACAAAUAUGUUUUUAUCUAAUCUGGAUCUUAAUGCAGUUGAAAAAAAAAACGUUAACAAGUUGAAGUUAACAUUUCAUAACACAGAAGAAAAAAUUUUUGUAUAUUGUAAAAUUUUAUCUUUUAAAGGUAUCAAUUGUCUUGAACAGGAAAUUUAAUUAUAAAAUUUGAGCCACACAUUAACAGUGAGCUGUUUUUAUUUACUUAAUAUUUAUCUGUGAUAACUACUCCUGUCAAAGUGUGUAUAUAUUGUUUAUAAUUUCGUUUAGUACUCAUGAUUACAUGUUUUUUUUUUGCCACAAUACCAUAUUGAUUUGUGUAUGUAAAAUAUUUUAUAUCUUUAAGAACAUUUACUGAUUUGUGCUUCUAAGAAAUUUUGCAAGUGUUCAUUUUGUAAAAAUUCCUAGAAACUGUUUUAGAGCAUGCUCAUUGAUAUGCAACUUCAUUAUCUAUCCAUUGCUAAAUAAAAUGUUUCUUUUAUUUAAAUUCUA